AUGUUUACUAUUGAGGGUGAUCCGUUUCUGAAAUAUAAUCCGUAUAUUGACAGUGCGCACUCCAUUUUGGAGAAACAUUGGCACGAGAUUGUUGCUAGUGCUGUGCUUUAUCAUGUGAUACUGCUUCUGUCGCCAACGAUCAACACUCUUGUCUUCAAGGAGCAUUAUACCUCAAUCACGAGCAAGAAGCUGAAACUCAAUUUUGAUAUCCACAUCGCAGCUUUAGUCCAGUCUCUGGUGUCUAUUGGGCUGUGCAUUCCGAUGUUUGGACACCCUCUGUUUUCUUCCGACCCAGUGUUCGGCUCCUACGAUUUCGCCGGCUUUACGGCCUCGGUCACUUGUGGGUAUUUCAUCUGGGAUCUGUUCUACUGCUGCGUGUACCACUUCGACAUGUUCGGACUACCGUACUUGUUCCACGCGUGUGCCGCGCUGAUUGUUUUCGGCUCGACAUACCUGCCUUUCUGCCAGCCUCUGAUCCCUUCGUUCCUGAUCUUUGAAGCUAGCACCCCAUUCGUCAACAUGUACUGGUUCUUCACCAGACUGCCAAAGGGUGUGAUCAAUGACACAGUGUUCAUGGUGAACGGUAUUCUGCUGAUCGUGUCGUUUUUCUUGUGCCGGAUCGUUUGGGGUUUGUACGCGGCCUACCGUACAUUCAGCCUGUGUUUCGGCGUCACAGAUCAGCUGCCGUUCGGACUAGUGCCAUUGAUCCUCGUGCUGAACUUCGGCCUCAACGUGCUUAACAUCCACUGGUUCACCAAGAUGGUCACCCUGGCAUACAAGAAGUUCAGUGCUGCUCCUAAGAAACAGGACUAG